UUACGCUGUCAAAUCCUCUGUUGUUCUUGUUAAUGUUUUAUUGUGAAGUGCUGAGCGGAAGCUGUGCCUUUGUUGCUGCGUGUGACUUGACCGCCGUGAAUGAGUGGCCGUGGUUGCUCAGUGUUGACAGCAUGAGACAUUUGUCCACUCGGUUCGUGCAAACAUGGGUAUAUUUGGAAGAAAAAACAGUCUGACAGCUCAGACAAAGAAAGAACUGAGAAAUAUGUGGACGACCCUGACGCUGUCAUUGAUCGUUGUGCUGGUGCUGAGCCCAGAGAUGUGUUGGUGUGAGGACGUGGGCUCCACGGAGGCUGUAGAAAAGGAAGUGGAGGAGCAGCAGCAGGAGGAGACUUUCAGUGAUAUGUCCAGCGUCCUUGGAAAAUCCAGACAACAGAUCCUGGCGGCGCAGUUUGAGUGCUACUUGAAGAUAAUUGACGAUCCACCGUAUAAAGAAGAAGGUACGUAUUGUAAUCGCACAUGGGACGGCUGGCUGUGUUGGGGGGACACACCUCCAGGAACUGUCAUGCAAAUGUGUCCUGAAUACUUUCACGACUUUGACCCUGGAGAGAAGGUUACCAAAGUAUGUAAUCCUAAUGGACAGUGGUUCCACCAUCCAGAGAGCAACAGAGUCUGGACGAACUACACCCAGUGUCAGGUCUACACCAAAGAUAAACUCAAGUUUGCCAUCAGUCUCUACUACCUGGCCAUGGUGGGUCAUGGACUAUCUAUUGUCUCCCUGAUUGUCUGUCUGAUCAUCUUCUCCUAUUUCAAGAGCUUGAGCUGCCAGAGAAUCUCCCUCCACAAGAACAUGUUUCUCUCCUUCAUCCUGAAUUCCAUCGUUACUAUUAUGUGGCUCUCCCUCACUGCAGCCAAUAACCAGGCUUUAAUUGCCAGCAACUCUUUGAGCUGUAAGGUCUUAACUGUGCUAAACCAGUAUACAUCUGCGUCUACCUACUUCUGGAUGCUGUGUGAAGGCAUCUACCUCCACACGCUGAUCAUCGUAGCCGUCUUUGUUGGGGAGCAACAGUUAUUCUGGUAUUACAUCCUAGGAUGGGGUUUCCCCAUCAUUCCUGCCAUCACAUACGCUGUUGCACGAGGAUUGUAUUUUGAUGACAAGUGUUGGAUCAGCUCACACACUCAUCUGCUCUACAUCAUUCAUGGACCCAUUCAAGCUGCUCUGCUUGUGAACUUAUUCUUUCUGCUGAACAUCGUCCGAGUCCUGAUCACAAAGCUGAAGUUGACUCACUGUGCCGAGUCCACUGCCUACAUGAAAGCAGUGCGAGCCACGCUCAUCCUCAUCCCUCUGCUGGGAGUCCAGUUCAUCCUUUUCCCCUGGAGGCCAGAGGGACGCAUCAGCAGGGCCAUCUAUGAUUUCUUUGUCAACAUCUUCUGUCACUUCCAGGGCCUCCUGGUGGCGGUUAUAUUCUGCUUCUGUAACACUGAGGCCCAAGCAGCACUGCAGAGGAAGUGGGCUCAGUGGAAGGUCGCCUGGGGUAAAACGGGCUGGGGGAACAGGGCCAUCAGCUCCCACUUUAACUACCACACCAACUCCUCCAUCACCGAAUCCAGCCGUGCCACCGUCCACCUGGAGGUGCCUUCAGCUCCCGAUCAUCAAGCCAACGACCACUUGCCCGUAGUUCAGCAGAAAGUUAAUGGGCAGCAGACCAAAAGGAAGUCAUGCAGCAACAGCAACAGUGACGCCGAGGCACCCAACGGCCAAGAGGCCACACGUGUCUGACAUUAGACCCCACGGAGGUGACGGCUGUGGGGCCGCACACAAAUAUUGACAAUAUAUUCACUUACAAACACAAGUGGUAAGAGUGAAAAA